UCCAUCGCGUUCUGUUGAGUGUGCGUCGUCGAGGAAGGAGAAUCGUGGGUCCCGUUCGUUCGUGAACUGCUGCUGCGGAGAAUCGCAACGCAAAGAAACAGACAAACAAAAACAAAGAACGAAACGAGUGCCUUUCCCCAGUUCGCUACGGUGCAACGGAUUCGAGGAUGGCGGACGACGGCCACGAGAACGGCACCAGCAACGGCGACGUGCCCGAGAUCGAGCUGAUCAUCAAGGCGUCAACGAUCGAUGGUCGCCGUAAGGGCGCCUGCCUCUUCUGUCAGGAGUACUUCAUGGACCUGUACCUGCUGGCCGAGCUGAAGACGAUUUCUCUAAAAGUGACCACGGUCGAUAUGCAGAAACCACCGCCAGACUUCCGUACGAAUUUCCAGGCGACACCGCCGCCGAUACUGAUCGACAACGGGGACGCCAUUUUGGAGAACGAGAAGAUCGAACGACACAUCAUGAAGAACAUACCAGGUGGACACAACCUCUUCGUUCAGGACAAGGAAGUGGCCACGCUCGUCGAGAAUUUGUUCAGUAAAUUGAAGCUGUUGCUACUGAACGCGAAGGACAAGGACAAAGACCCGAAGUCCUCGUCCCUGAUGGCACAUCUGCGCAAAAUCGACGAGCAUUUGGGUCGCAAGGGUACGCGUUUCCUCACCGGGGACACGAUGUGCUGUUUCGAUUGCGAAUUGAUGCCACGGCUCCAGCACAUCAGGGUCGCCGGAAAGUAUUUCGCCGACUUCGAGAUCCCGGAGACUUUGGUACAUCUGUGGCGGUAUAUGCAUCACAUGUACAGGCUGGACGCGUUCCUGCAAAGCUGCCCGGCCGAUCAGGACAUUAUUAACCAUUACAAGCUGCAGCAGAGUAUGAAGAUGAAGAAACACGAGGAGUUGGAGACACCAACAUUCACGACCAGUAUCCCGAUCGAGGUCAACGACGACUAGGCUGGACCUGUGCCGUCGAGUCUAUGAUCUCGCCCACAUUGAUUCAGGAAAGAUCAUCAUCAAUCGUGUCGUCGGUAUCGGUGUGUAGACACGGUGCAUACACGAUGGCGCAGUAAAACACUUUUUUUAUAAUCGUCUUGGGACCCUUCCAUAUGCAGGAAGGAGAUCUAAGUAUUUAUGAGGAAAAAAAGGAAAAAAAAGAGUAAGAAAAAGUAUUUCGAAGCCCGUGCGCUCCAAAUCGGACAUUUCCAUCGUUUUUGGUUCCUUUGAACGUAUCGGUGCCGCCUACACCGAUUUCUUAUGUAAUAACACUUUUUUGCUACGUAUAUAUUCGAUAAACCUCACCGUCGACGCUGUUCUAUGGCCUAAGUCGAAGUGCCGACUAAGUAGCUUUUUUACCGCAUGAGACAGGAAGAAGAUAUAUAUAUAUAUAUAUACGUACACGAAAAAAAAAGAAAAAAUGUAUUAAGGCUUUCAGAGACGACCAGUACGCGUGUUCCAGAGAAACAUAUUAUUAUUUUUUUCUUUUCCUUUUCUUUUUCGUUCGUCGCUGUUUCAUUUCUUUCCCUUAUUCGCUUACGUACGAAAUGCUCGUACGUAGACCUGACUUUUGAUUAGCGUUAUUAUUAGAGAAUGGCAUUUUAAUAUUUUACAUUCUACUUUAGAACGAGACCUUGUAUAUUUUUUAAGUGUUUAGACGGUUUCUCACCGAUCAUUUUAACUGGUGAGUAAUCGAACGAAGAAGGAUUGCUAAAGAGACGUAUGCAUUUUUUUCAACGGCCAUUAAUCGUCGGCUGUAUUAAUAUAUUCCCUCGUUUCGUUUUUCUUGGAAAAUCCAAUAGGUUCGGAAUUAUGAAUAAAAUGACACUGCAGUGUUUAUUCUUCGAGAAACACAUCCUUUUAUUGGAUCCUGCAAUUAUGGUAAAUAGUCUGUGUGAGAAGGGAUAUUCUAGUCUGAUGAAUUUUGUGCAAGAUUGAAAAUUUCUAAAGUAAUAUUUGAUGUUUCAACGAAAUAGUGCAUACGUUUCUUACGGGUUAGGUGUAUAUGUUAGGUAUGAUACGGAAGUUCUUAGUUAAAUUCAUUUAAUUUGAAAUUAGUAUGUUCGUGAAUGGUUUUGUGAGUGGGAGGAAUUAACGAAUACUAUACUUUGUUGUUACAGUCCUCUUUGUAAAUGUUGAUUUAGAAGAGGUGAAAGAAUCAUCGUCCCCGGAAAAUAGCGCUUCUAUUAACUCAGUCCAACGAUUUAACAAACUCGGUAUUUUCGUAUUAGCAAUUAUAUUAUUAUUAUUAUAUUCUAAACGAUUAUUAUUGCUAUUAUUGUAUUACUUUGGUUUAUACUCUUAGAAAUGAAUAUACCAGUGUUUACAAUAACUGGGCCUGAUAAUGUAUUUAUUGGUGCUCCUUCACAGACACAGGAUAGAUAUUUAUAUAUUUACAAAAUAAUUAUAUUUUUUAUCGUGCUGUUUGUGGUUACAAGAUGUUAUAAUCUAUAUUAGUCAAUCACGAAUAUUCUACAUUAUGGAAAAUAAAUGUAAUUGUAUUUUU